GUGGCCGGGGCGGGGCGGGGCGGGUCGUCCCGCGGUCCCGAGGCCCGGCCCUCCGGAGGGAAAGGCGGCGCCGCGCGACCCGUGUUGGCAGACAUGCGUCAGAAACUUGCCCAGUUGGUGGAAGAGCUCACGACCUCCGGGGAGCCCAGGCUGAACCCCGGGAAGAUGAAGGACCUGAAGAGGAUGUGCAGGUCUUCGGAGGAGCAGCUCAGCCAUGCCUACCACCAGCUGAUGACCCAGCUGAGCCAGGACCAUGCCGAGAUCCGCCUCUCCGCCUUCCAGGUGGUGAAUGAGCUCUUCACCAGGUCUCACCAGUUCCGGACGCUGCUGGUUUCUGACUUCCAGGAGUUCCUGGAGCUCACCCUGGGCACAGAUCCUGGGCAGCCUCUACCACCCCCCAAGGAGGCCGCCCAGCAGCUGAGACAGGCUGCCCUGAGGGCUGUGGAAGGGUGGAACGAGACGUUUGGGAAGGCCUAUAAGAAGUUAGCCUUAGGCUAUCACUUUUUAAGACACACCAAAAAGGUGGAUUUUCAAGAUGUCGAUGCUAGGACUCUGGCAGAGCGAAAGAGAGAGGAGGAGAAGCAGAAGCAUUUGGACAGAAUCUACAGAGCAAGAGCUGAGCAGGCUGAGGCAGAGAUGAAAGAAACGUCUGAAGAGAUCAGGUGCUGCCUGACUGAAGUGGAGAACUGCUUUAGGCUGUUGGUGCCCCUGGACUUUGGCCCCUGCCCAGCCGCUGUAUCCCUUAGCCAGGACUCUGAAAGGACUGAGGAGGGUGCGGCUCGUUCCCCGAGCCCAGGCCAGGCAGCCCGAGGCCAGGCUGGCAGCCCCAGCUCUCAGGACGAUGAGCAGCCAUGCUGCAGCAGAGCCUUGCUCACCUCUGCACACCCAGGAGCCACUCGCAGCGGGGAGGGGCCGCCCCAGACAGAGGCAGGGAGCCCCUCAGAAGACGAGGAGGAGGACACGGACUCGGAGGAGUUCCUGAGGAGCCAUGGGUUGGGUUCACACAAGUACACGCUGGCUGUGGAGCUCUCUUCUGAUGACCUGAAGGUGCGGGAGAGCGAGGACAACCUGGCUGUCCUCCACGCCGCCCGGGACGCCCUCAAGCUCAUCAGGAACAAAUUUCUGCCAGCUGUGUGCUCCUGGAUCCAGCGGUUUACCCGUGCAGGGAUCCACAGCCAACACUUAAAAUGUGCCAUUGACCUGAAAAUGGAACUGGAGCUUGCUUUGAGGAAGUGUGAGGAGCUGAACAUCGAGCUGGGACAGAAGGACGUGGUAGAAGACCUGGAGGACAGGGAGGAGGAGGACGAUGAAGACUUUGAAGAGGUUCCUGAGAAGGAGGGUUAUGAACCCCACAUCCCUGACCAUUUGCGGGCUGCGUGUGGGCUGACAGAGACUCUGCGGAGAGACACGGCUGCAGCCACGGCCACCCAGCCCCUGCAGGCCAGGGUGAAGAGGUCUGAAGAGGCGCCAGACCCCACCUCUGCUGCCGCCCAGCCCUGGCGGCUCCCAGACCGCCGAGCCCCUCCGCCUCCCAGCGCCGCCAGGGCACCGCUGGGACCAGAAGCCCAGAGGCUGGCCGCAGAGCGGGCCCGGGCGCCUGUUGUGCCCUUUGGAGCAGACCUGUGCAACUGGGGUCAGGAGCAGCCGGUGGCUGGGAAGAUUCUCAAAUCCAAGUCUCAGCACCGCUUCUGGAAGCCCCAUGAGGUAGAGGAGGAGACAGAUAGUGCAGACGUCUCUGAGGUUCUCCGGAGCCGCCACAUCACCUUUGCAGGAACAUUUGAGCCCGUGCAGCACCGGUGCCGGGCCCUGAGACCCGACGGCCGGCUCUGUGAGCGCCAAGACCGGCUAAAGUGCCCAUUCCACGGGAAGAUCAUCCCCAGAGAUGACGCCGGGCAGCCUCUCGACCCAGAGCACAGGGCCCGGGAGCAGAGGCAGCGGCUGCAGCAGCCAGCACGGCCAGAUUGGCAGGACCCUGAGUUUCUGAAGGACGUGGAGGCCGCCACAGGGGCAGAUCUCGGCUCAUCCAGGUAUAGCAAGAAGGGCAAAGGGAAGAGGAAGAAACACCCCAACCUCACCGACCUGCAAGAGCGGGCCAACACCGCCCGGGCUCGCAUUGGGAAGAAGGUCUUUGCCAAGGCAGCGGUGCAGAGAGUAGUUGCUGCAAUGAACCAGAUGGACCAGAAGAAGCACGAGAAGUUCGCAAACCAGUUUAACUAUGCGCUGAAUUAAAGCACUGGGCCUGUGUGCUGCACUGUCCCAGGCCCAGGGCGCAGGCCUGAGCAGAGCCGUG